AUGGAGCUGUUCCCGUCGCACCCGGACCUGCAGCCCCAGCUCCAAAUUAGUCCACCCCCUGCCACCAAGCCAAUGGACCUAGGGUUUUGGAAGAGGGCUCUCGACACCACCGCCGCCGCGGCCGCCGCGACCUCAGCAUCAGCGGCAGCAACCUUCACACCCCCGUCCAUCGCCAGGACAUACCCCUCGGCGCCGGCAGCUGCCGGCGGCGGCUUCCAUGCAGCGCACUACGGCGUUGCCGAUGGCCACCUGGGCGGGCUGCAGUUCUUGCAGCACACCCAGCCCAUCCUCCACGAGGUGCAGGACCUGGCGGCGAUGAAGCCCAUCCGGGGCAUCCCCGUGUACAACACCUCGCAGUCCCUCCCCUUCCUCCAGAGCCAGCUCCACCACCACAACCACCACCACCAGCAUUGCUACGACGCGAUCGGCGGCGCGGCAGGCGGGCCGAGGUCGCCCGGCAAGGUCGGCGCGCUGCGGCUGGCGGCGCCGCCGGCCAAGCGGAACUCCCGUGCGCCCAGGAUGCGGUGGACCACGUCGCUGCACGCGCGGUUCGUCCACGCCGUCGAACUGCUCGGAGGCCACGAGAGAGCAACGCCCAAGUCGGUUCUUGAGCUAAUGGACGUGAAGGAUCUAACCUUGGCCCAUGUCAAGUCUCACUUGCAGAUGUACCGGACCAUCAAGACCACUGACCACAAACCAGCUGCUGCUUCAUCCUACGGACAAGCCAAGACAAUCAUCGACAUCCCUGACGACAGCUCCUUCGACAUCGCCAACACCAGCGGGUCCGAGUCUUCAGUCCAGCAAUCUAAUCUUGACGGGAACGAGCAUGGAUCCAACAUGUGCGCUCUAUGGAGCAACAACUCGUGCAGCAGAGGGGCCUGGUCGUUCCACGGGAAAUCAAGAUCAGAUGCCAACCCAGGCGACAUCAAAUCCUUUGAGGACGUGCAAUCGCAGUGCCCCAAUGUCGUCGCUGAUGAUGCCGCCGACCUGAUGUCAGCUCCAUUCCGAUUGUCGGAGCUGGUCGUCGGCGCCAAGAAACCGAAUCUGGACUUCACCCUAGGAAGAAUGUAA